UGGCNGCGCUCGGCUCUCAUCAUGUUCCCGCUGGCCAGGGCUGCGCAGAGCCUCGUCGCUCGUGGCAUCCAGCACACUGCAGUGAGAGGAGCUCAUCGCAAGCACGAGCCCACCUUCCACGAUAAAUAUGGAACCAUGGUCCUCCUCGGGGGAGCCUCCAUGUUCACUGCUGUCUGGGCCUAUGUGUUCACAUCGCUGAAUGUUGAGUGGGGCAUUUCACCUGUUGGCAGAGUCACUCCCAGUGAGUGGAGAGAGUAACAGCUCUGCUUCUAAUGAACUGCUCUAGAGUUUCACUGAGGAAAUGGUCCUGUAGUGGCAUUUGUUCCCUGAUUACCACUUGGACAGUGGCAUUCCUGGUCUAAUAAAUGUAUUAGAAACCUG